UAAAGUAUCGAAAGUGUCACUGGACAAAUUGUCUGUCAAAAUUACUGGCAUUGUCACAAUGCCAUUGUGAGUUCUUUGUUCGCUAAUGAUUAUGAUUUAAGUUUUCUAUCUAUAAUUUGUGAAUUUGUUAGAGAAAAAGAACAUAUGAUUAAUUUAUACGAGGUAGUGAAGUUUAUCUUCUAGUGACAAUUCACAAUUGUUUUUAAUAUAAUUGAGCGAUGGGAUCGCUGACGAGUCGACAAAACGCUGGUGUAGAAGAAGUUGAUAUUGUUUCAAAUCAUGCAUACAAAUAUCCACCUCGUUCUGGAAGCUAUUUUGGUAGUCAUUUUAUAAUGGGCGGUGAAAGAUUCGAUACGUCUCAGCCAGAAGCGUAUCUUUUUGGAGAAAAUGCGGACUUAAAUUUUCUUGGAAGUAGACCAACACCUUUUCCAUAUCCUCCGCCGCAAGCUAAUGAUCCUACCAAAACAUUAAAAAGUUUAGUAAAUAUAAGGAGAGAAUCCUUGAGACUAGUUCGUAACGUUGAUCAAACUUCUACAUCGCCCCAAUGUCAUGGUGUAAAACAUUACGGGGAUGGUGAUAUCGAUAAGAAGCCAAAUCGUUAUAAUAUUGAGUUUACAUUUGACUGCGAUGUAAGAUGUGCAAUUACAAUAUAUUAUUUUUGCACCGAAGAGGUUACAACAAAGGGGGUUACUUAUGUGCCAAGGGACCCUUCGAUGAAUUCUGAAAUAUACUAUUAUAAAAAAGGUGCGAAUCAAUUAUUUUCACAAACGUCACAUAUAUUCGAUCCAACGGUCUGUAACGAAGAAGAUUUAACGUACCAUGCUGAUAGAGAAAUAAUACCAAUAGCGAUACAUUGUGUGGCAGAAGAAGGCUCGGACGAACCUAAACAGUCUCAUACAACGAUUGCAGUUAUCGAAAAACAUUCGGAUGGAACAUAUGUAUUAAAGGCGCUUAAGCAAAAACUUUACGUCGAUGGUCUUUGUUAUUUGCUUCAAGAAAUAUAUGGUAUUGAAAAUAAAAAUGCUGAAAAUGCAAAGCAACAAAGUAGCGACGAAGAUACAGAUGAUAAUGGAUCAGAAUGUGUCAUCUGUAUGUGUGACGUACGGGAUACUUUAAUAUUACCGUGCAGACAUUUAUGUCUAUGUAACGGCUGUGCAGAUUCUCUUCGGUAUCAGGCUAACAAUUGUCCGAUAUGUCGUGCCCCUUUUAGAGCACUUCUUCAAAUUAAAGCACUACAAAAAGCAACUGGAGCUAUUAUAUCAAAUCCACCAUUACCAGAGGGAAGCUGUGAAAAUAUUCCAUCCGGAUAUGAAGCUGUUUCAUUGAUAGAAGCUUUGAACGGCCCAUACAUUCCAAGAGCUGCUGUUCUUGCACCAGAAUCUCCAGACACGCCCGAUACAGACACAGCUAGCGCAAUUCAAGCAGCUGAAGCAUUAAAUAGGUCUGUAGAACGUACUCCUGUAUCAAAACAUGUAUCUUCGAAAGAAGCAGAUAUCUCUGCAAGGACAAGUAGUACUGCAUGUCCUAUUCCAGAGUUUCGUAUGUCAGUUUUAUUAGCUAGAGACGAACAUUCAGGAUCGCAAAAAGAUCUUCAUAGCCGGUCUCCUGCAAUGAGAAUGAAAACCUCUGGACAUUUGCGUGAAAAAUCUGUUUUAAGAUCACGAGAUACUCUUAGACUCGUUAACGAAAAACAACCCGUUUCCCUUUAUGAGGGACAAGGACAAGACGAAGAUAGCGAAGCAGAAAAAUUAUCACCCUUACUGGAUGCAGCAACUAGUACAGAAGCACUCGACGCGCAUAGUCAUGGGAUGUGCGACAUAGAUAUUGACGAUGAGAUUCAAAAUACGGAAAAUGAGAAUGAUGUUGACAUAACGUGCCAUUCUCAUUAAAAUAAUCAUACACCAUCUAAAAACAUUCGAUCAUAAUAUCAGUUUUAAAAUGUAUAUUCGAUCUAA